GGAAGCGGAAGUGAGCGUGCCGAGGACUGCGGAUCUGAAGUCUUGUUGACGCGUCUACAGUUACUGCGGUGCUCCUCCUCUAGGUAGGCCCUGCUGGAGGGAUCGGCCCUCGGCCACGGGACUCCUCCCUGCAGCAAGUCCGCAGUCCGCCGCGACCACGCCCCUCCGCGCCCUUGGCCCUGACUGCCCCUGCGCCCCGCUGGUGCGCCCCGGGAGAAGGGGCAAGGCACCCACCCUCCUGCAGGUGGAGCGGGGCGGAGGCUCUUCCCGACCCCAGCCGCAGGACGCUGAGGACCAGCGAGAUUCAUAGAAUCAAUUAUGGGUGUGAGAGGUUUACAGGGUUUUGUGGGAAGUACCUGCCCACAUAUAUGUACAGUAGUAAAUAUCCAAGAGCUGGCAGAGCGCCACAGAAACAAGUACCCUGGAUGUACCCCUACCAUUGUGGUGGAUGCCAUGUGCUGUCUCCGAUACUGGUACACACCAGAAUCCUGGAUCUGCGGUGGCCAGUGGCGAGAAUACUUUUCUGCCUUGAGAGAUUUUGUAGCCGCCUUCACAUCUGCCGGCAUCAAGUUGAUAUUCUUCUUUGAUGGCAUGGUGGAACCAGGUAAGAGAGAUGAGUGGGUAAAGCGAAGACUUAAAAACAACAGGGAGAUAUCCAAGAUUUUCCACUAUAUCAAGUCAAAGCGAGAUCAGCCGGGCAGGAACAUGUUCUUCAUUCCCUCCGGGCUAGCCAUAUUUACACGGUUCGCUCUGAAGUCCUUGGGCCAGGAAACCUUCUGUUCAUUACAGGAGGCAGACUAUGAGGUAGCUUCCUAUGGUCUCCAGCACAACUGUCUUGGGAUCCUUGGGGAAGACACUGAUUACUUGAUUUAUGACACUUGUCCCUACUUUUCAAUUGGUGAUCUCUGCCUGGAGACUCUGGAAACCAUCAUGCUCUGUCGAGACAAGCUCUGUGAGAGUCUGGGCCUCCAUGUGGCAGACCUUCCUCUGCUGGCCUGUCUGCUUGGCAACGACAUCACCCCAGAGGGCAUGUUUGAAAGCUUCCGGUACAAGUGCUUGUCCUCCUAUGCUUCUGUGAAAGAGAAUGCUGGCAAAAAAGGAAAUAUUAUCUUAGCUGUCUCAGACUAUAUCUCCAAAGUUCUUCACUUGCAUCAAGGUGAGAAAAAGAUAGAAGAGAUGUUACCCUUGGGACCAAACAAAGCUCUUUUUUAUAAAGGAGUGGCAUCAUAUCUUUUGCCAGGGCAGAAAUCUCCAUGGUUAGUUCAAAAACCCAAAGGCACAAUGACAGACAAGCGAGUGGUGAGUUUAAACCCUGAAUCUAAACAGGAAGUUCCUAUGUGUGUAGAUCCAGAGUCCAAGCAAGAAGUUUCUGCAUGUAGUAAUCCCGAGUCCAUGCAAGAAGUUCCCAUGUGUAUGGAUCCUGAAUCCAACCAAGAAGCUUCCAUGUGCACAGAUCCUGAAUCCAAACAAGUUCCCAUGUGCACAGAUCCUGAAUCCAAACCAGAAGCUCCCAUGUGCACAGAUCCUGAAUCCAAGCAAGAAGUUUCCAUAUAUGCAUACCCAGAGGUCAAGCAAAAAUUACCUCCAGAAACAGAGGCUGAAUUUAAUCUAGAAGUACUCAUGUGUACACACCCUGAAAUUAAACAAGAAGACGCCAUGGAUAUGGAACCUGAAAUUAAACAAGUAACCAUGGUUUCAGACUCCGAAAUCUUAAAGGUUGCCAAGAUGAGUCAUGUCCACUCAGAAAGCUACCUAGUGUACAACAUUAUGAGCAGUGGAGAGAUUGAGUGCAGCAACACCCUGGAGGAUGAGCUGGACCAAGCUCUACCCAGCCAAGCCUUCAUCUACCGCCCAGUCCGGCAGCGUGUGUACUGGCUUUUACUUGGGGACUGGAAAGAUGGAGCCAGCGCCGGCCCGGUGGUCAAGGAGUGGUUUGUGUACCCUGGGAACCCCCUGAAGCAGCCAGACCUUGUUAGGCCUCUGCAGAUGACUGUUCAAGGGGGAACACCUAGUUUGGAAGUUUUGUGGCUGAGUCAAGAGCCAGCAGCACAGGCCCGGCGCCUGGACACAUUGCUGGCCUGCUUCAACCUCUCCUCCUCAAGAGAAGAGCUGCAGGCCGUUGAGAGUCCAUUGAGAGCACUGUGCUGCCUCCUAAUCUACCUCUUUGUCCAGGUGGACACUCUUUCCCUGGAAGAUCUACAUGCGUUUAUUGCUCAGGCCUUGUGCCUCCAAGGAAAGUCAACCUCACAGCUUAUGAACUUACAGCUGGAUUACAUUAACUCCAGAGCUGUGCAACUGGGGUCCCUUCUCGUCCGAGGCCUCACCACAUUGGUACUAGUCAACAGUGCAUGUGGCUUCCCUUGGACAACAAGCGAAUUUAUGCCCUGGAAUGUGUUUGAUGGCAAGCUUUUCCAUCAGAAGUACCUGCAGUCUGAAAAAGGAUAUGCUGUGGAGGUUCUUUUGGAACAAAAUAGAUCAUGGCUCACCAAGUUCCACAACCUGAAGACAGUGGUCUGCAAGGCCUGCUCAAAGGAGAACCGACGCAUUGUAGGCAGAACACAUUGGAACUCACACUACACAGGGAGGCUGGGGAGACAGGGCUCCAGUUCCCACAGGACAGGCUCCACACAUGGCCAUCCUGGGCAGCCAUGGAGAGAUCAGGGUUCAGGAGGCAGACAGUAUGAGCAUGACCAGUGGAGACGAUACUAGACAUCUUCCAGAAAGUGUGGGAAGAGGAUGCAGGGCCCAGACUCCACCCUCCUUCAGAGUAAUGUCACCCAGUCUGACCAGCAAGGCGAUGGCAACUGGAACCACACUUCAAAGGAAGGAAAAAUUACCUUUCAGAGGUUUCUCCCACAUGUAUUAUAAAAAACGUCCAUUGGUUUGGUUUCAAAGGUUGCUCCUGACUCCAUGACCCACAACACCAUCACUAACAUCACACAUGCUCUCCUGAUCUUAGCAGGACUCUAGAUUGUGAAAAUGUUUUCCCAAAUCAUUAGUCUUUGAAAUCAUGGAGUCUUAGUUACUUUUCUAUUACUGUGAAAAGACACCAUGACCAAAGCAACUUAUAAAAGAAAGCAUCUGAUGUGGGGCUCAAGGUUCCAAAGGGUAGCAGAGUCCAUGACCAUCAUGUCAGAGAGCAUGGUGGCAGGCAGGCUAAUGAACACUUACUAACUGGGAAUAGCUCAGGGUUUUGAAACUUCAAAGCCCACCCCAUUGACACACUUGCUCCAGCAAGGCCACACCUCCUCCAGCGUGGCCACUCCUAAUCCUUUCCACCAACUGGAGACCAAGCAUUCGAACAUAUUAGCCUAUGCGGGUCAUUCUCAUUCAGUCCGUGACACAUGAAGUCUAAUAGCCAUACAAUCUGUCAGAAAUUACUUUUUCAUUAGAAAUUCUAACAGAAGUCAAUUGUCUAACUACUUCUUUUCUUGAUCCUCAGAAGUGUUUGGAUAGAAAAAAAUAAACUAAACUCUUGCUUGCUUAUGGGAAAGUUGGUUCUGCUUGGAGGAGAGAUGGCUCAGCAGUUAAGAACAGUGGCUGCUCCUCUAGAGGACCCAGGUAUGGUUCCCGUCACCAACAUGAUAGCUCACAACUGUUUUUAACUCCAGUUCCAGGGGACCUAAAGUGUCUUCUGGCCUCUGUGGACUCCAGACACACAAGUGAUGCACAGACAUCCAUGCAGGCAAAACAACCAUUAAGAUGAACUAAAAAAGUAAAAUAAACUUUUUUAAAGGAGCACACUGGGUCAGGCUUAGAAGUAAGGUCCUCUUUAACCUUUGAGGUUAUUACCUGUCUCCACUGGGGACGUGAGAAUAGCUGUGCCCAGGGCCCUUAUGGCCAUGCUGUGUCUCUGAGGACACUUAGUUCACUUGGGAGAUGCAAGCACUCCUGACCCCUGAAGAUGUGUCCUUCCAUGCUGCUGUCUCUAAAUUCUUAGUAAGCCUCUAAAAAUGCUCAUUUUCAUCUUUACACUGACAGUUACUCAGAUGACCCUGGCUCAAGUGUGCUGCACAGAGCUUUUGGGUUUCACUGAAAUUCUUAUAUUUACCAGAAAGGUAUAUAGCUCCCACAUGUGAACACAUUUAUAUUUGGUCAGCUCCUUUCUGCUCCUGAAGGACUUCUGCAUACUGUGUCUGCAUACUGUGUCUUGUAGCUGCUAUGACUUUAAUGCCUGGAUUUGGAACUGGCCUUUCUGAUCCUCCAGUGAAUGUUUUGUUUCCCUCAGAUAUUCACUUCCUGUCCUCCUCAUGUGUGCUGCUUUGAAACAUUGCUGCCUUUAGAUGUUCUGUUUCUCUGCUGUUUUCCUGUGUAACUUCGAGCUAAGUUUGUGAUCUCUUAGAAAGUAUAUUUCUAUGAAAGCUGUUUUCCUUCACAGAAUCUGUAUUUUGACCUGUCAAUAAAAUAUGAAUGUCAUUCACAAGCUUAAA